AUGCUGAACAUAUUCAAGGAUCGUCGAGAAUAUGUGAAAUUAAAGCAUCACCUGGAGAGCACAUUUGAAGAGCAAUAUUGGGCAAAAGACAGCUUGGCAAAAGCAUUUUCAACUAAAUUGAAAGGUGAAGCUUCAAACUUAAUAAUCAUCGGCCCAAAAGAAUGCGGAAAAAAGUCAAUGAUUGUAGAAAUUUCGAAAUUUCUUCACGUCCCAAUUCUUAUCAUCGAUGCACAUGAGAUGAAAGCUUAUACGUUCAAUCCAGAAUAUUAUAUUUCAAUGAAAUUGCUGGAACAUUCAAAGAAUGAUAUUGAGAAAGCAUCAGCUGGAAUUGUUGUGUUAUGUAAUGUCAAUCAUUUUCAAUUGGAACUUCAAAGAUCUAUCGCAAGGCUUAUGAAUGGUUUGUAUUUUGAUUUUCAAUACGAAGCUGAGAUUUGA